GUGGUUUCAGAUCUAGUAAAAUGGGACAUCUCCAGCUGUCUCAAGUGUCUUGAAAGAGGUGGUAGAGGUUGAGUUCUGACUGGUCAAAUGAAACGUUUACCAUCGCAGUUUGACCCACCACGGCUGCUGUAGUUAGAAGAAGAUUAAUGGGUUUUGACGUGGAGUAUUUCCGCAAAAACUGGAUUGAGAAGCGACAUGUAAUUUAGCUGGUUGCCGUUUUAGCUAGCUAGAUUGAAACGGAUUUUAGGGUCCCAGGUAUACCAUUUUUGUUCGCCCCUCAUAAAACAGAACAUCAUGAUUAAAGCCAUACUAAUAUUCAACAACCAUGGAAAACCUCGGCUUUCUAAAUUCUACGAGCAUUACAGUGAAGACACAGAACAACAAAUCAUCAGAGAAACAUUUCAUCUGGUAUCCAAAAGGGAUGAGAACGUCUGCAAUUUCCUAGAAGGUGGAAUGUUGAUCGGUGGGUCAGAGAACAAGCUCAUCUACAGACACUAUGCUACGCUCUACUUCGUAUUCUGCGUCGAUUCCUCGGAGAGUGAGCUUGGCAUCCUUGACCUUAUCCAGGUGUUUGUGGAAACUCUGGACAAAUGCUUUGAGAAUGUUUGUGAACUUGACUUAAUUUUCCACGUGGACAAGGUACACAAUAUACUGGCAGAGAUGGUGAUGGGAGGAAUGGUGCUAGAGACCAACAUGAAUGAGAUCAUCACACAGGUGGACGCCCAAAACAAAAUGGAGAAAUCGGAGUUCUUUCCAUUCUUCUCUCUUUACAGACAUUUAUCUUUCAGUCUCCCAGGCAGGACAGGUAGACACAGUCCUCAAGAAUUUGGCUGGUAUUGCAGGUGCACCUGCUCGUGCUGUAUCUGCCGUAAAGAACAUGAACCUUCCCGAAAUGCCCAGAAACAUCAACAUCGGAGACAUCAGCAUAAAAGUGCCAAACUUACCCUCCUUCAAAUAGCGGCAUGACCCACUGUGCCGAAGUUGACCAAUGUUUACCAUGCAAUUUGUUUCCCAAAAUCUAAACAAAUAUCAACAAAGAUCAUGAAGGUACUGUGUGAAUUCCUUUGGUGUUAAAUCAUUCUUUGUUUCCUUGUUUUAAAUGACUGUCAUUGAUGUGGCUAUGUUUUAGAAAAUUAAGUAUUUAUUUAUUACAUUCCUCUACCCUCACUGGAGGUGUUCCAUUAUGUAUUGGCUGCUACAGUAUUGGAACAUCAUACCUUAGUAGUUUGUAAAACAAACUGAACAGAAUAUUCUUAUAUACAAUAUGAUGGAAUUGUAUCUUUGUCUCGUCUGUAUACAACAUUUUAAAUUAUCUUGUCUUAUCAAUUUAUUUUCUCUUGAUUUUAAUCAGUGCAUGUACGUUUUUUUCCUUUUUGCAACUCAAUAAAAUAUUGAUUAAUUUAAUUCCUAUGUGUUUGCAGUGAACCUGGUUUCAUACUAUACAAUUGUGUAAUAGUGCUUGAUGGGUUUUCUGAAAGAAGAGCAAGUUGGACCGCUGUUGAUCCAAGUAGCUUGCAUUUUAUGGACAGUAAAUGUCCUAUGAUUCAAACUUUUUGCAAUGCAAUUAAUAAUUGAUUCACAAUGUACUGUGGUUUACACUUAUUAGGUGCAGUUUGGCCAUCACGUGUCCGUCCCAGUGACAGCACAGCUGAUAAUGGCACGUGACUGCUCUUUUUUUCUCUCUGCUCUUGCGCAACACAAUUAGUAAAAAUGUACUUUCUUUCAUAGCUGGUUCUAUGAAAACAAGUAAUAAAACUAUAGAUGACAAUGU